AUGUCGCGCCGUCGCGUGCCGUCGUGUCGCAGCGCCCUGCCGCCUCGUGGCACAUUAAAACUUGAGGAAGCCAAAGAAGUUCAGAGUCUCAGGAAACGACCCAAUGGGGUUAGUGCUGCAGCUCUGCUUGUGGGGGAGAAGCUGCAAGAAGAAGCAACACUGGUGGAUGACCCAUUUAAGAUAAAAUCUGGUGGGAUGGUGGACAUGAAGAAGCUGAAAGAACGGGGCAAGGACAAGAUUAAUGAAGAGGAAGACCUAAACUUGGGAACUUCCUUCUCAGCAGAAACCAACAGGCGGGAUGAAGAUGCUGACAUGAUGAAGUACAUUGAGACUGAGCUGAAGAAGAGGAAGGGGAUUGUGGAAAACGAGGAACAGAAGGUGAAGCUUAAGAACGCCGAGGACUCUCUGUAUGAGCUGCCAGAGAACAUCCGCGUCUCCUCUGCCAAGAAGACUGAAGAGAUGCUGUCCAACCAAUGAAUAAGUAGGUUUUGUUUUGUUUUGCUUUUUUUCAGUGCAAAAAUAAAAAAUAUAAUCUCAACUGAAGAGGCCAAGGCCAAGCUGCUGGCAGAGCAACAGAACAAGAAGAAAGACAGUGAAACUUCCUUUGUUCCCACAAACAUGGCUGUCAACUAUGUCCAGCACAACAGAUUUUAUCAUGAGGAGCUAAAUGCACCAGUGAGAAGGAAUAAAGAAGAGCCAAAGCCCCGUCCACUGAGAGUGGGAGAUACAGAGAGGCCAGAACCUGAGCGAUCUCCUCCAAAUCGCAAACGGCCACCCAAUGAAAAAGCAACAGAUGAUUAUCACUAUGAGAAGUUCAAGAAGAUGAAUAGGCGAUACUGAUGAGGAGAGUGUCUGAAGCCUUUGCAGGAGCUCUUAUUUUCUGUCAGCACUGGAUCUUGUGUCAAUGACUUGUGGAGGGAGUGAGAAUCACUACCCUCAUGUGCUGAUGUUAACCGCAAGGUUUUUCUUGUUAUGAUCCUGUAGUGAAUCACUUUGCAGGUGAUGGUUAACUCUUCAGUCAGUAAAAUAUUUUGUAUAACUUUUUUUCAAUUAUAAUACU